AUGCUAGGAGGGCACCCAUACUACAAAGAGACCUCGUAUCAUCUUUUGGAUCCGAUAACGCGGCCACCGGCCCUCUCUGUAUGCGUCAAGAUGUUGAAGGCGGCUGUUUUCCACCUUGUGGCUUCUGCAUUGCUUCGAGGCGUUGACUGUCAGAGCGUUCAAUGUGCCACUGUCGCCGAUGGCUGUGACGGCGGUUCGCGAAACCAAGCCGGCAUCGAAAGUGCUAUUGCAAGGUUCCAAGAUGGCCAGAUUUAUGGCGGGAACGACCGUAUCGUUAUGUCCUCAGCCGAGUCUGGUGGAGCCCUUGCAAUGAUCACUUAUCUUUGCAACGACGGGUCUGUGCCGCCAAGCCUUGAAGGAUCUGCGAUUCGAUCAAGCUUUCAGAAAAUCCUCUCGUGUCCCAACCAGUGUGGAGGUGUAGCUUCACCAAGCAAUGCCAAUUGUGGAUUCGGCGUGCUUGUAGCCAACAACGCUGCCGGAGCCGACUGUUUCUCCAAAGCAAUCAAUGUCGAGCCUGCUAGCUCCUCGCCAAAGACUGUCUCUUCUGUGGGCGGCUACACAAACCCUGUUUGUCUUUUUGACGCCCCAGACUCACGCGUCCUGAGGGGCGGCAGCAGCGAUGACCAUACCGGUAUGACAGUAGAGAAGUGCAUCGCUCAAGCUGCUGCUGAUGGCUGGCGAUACGCGGGUGUUGAGUUUGGAGGAGAAUGCUUCUGGGGUGACGUUCAAGUGAAUCCAGAGAGAUCCAACCAAGCAGACUGCAACACCCCGUGUGCAGGAAACCCAAGUCAAGUGUGCGGUGGAGGUAACCGCAUUCUUCUUUACGAGAACUCAAACUUUCAAGGAGUGGCCCAAGCGAAAACCAGCGUUGAUAAUUAUAAAAACGACCCCACGAACUCGGAUCUGGCACGGACAGCUAAGAACGCCAUUGAUAAGGCUUUGGAAAAUGCGCGUAAAUUUCUCGAUCAAAUCACAAACUCUGCCGUCAAGGCUGCGCAGGAACAGCUUGUCCAAGACUUGGUGGCGGCAUCUUCAACUGCCACGACAGCUAUUGCUGCUGCUUCUGCUGCAGUUGCGGCGGUUCUGGCAGACCAAAUAGCUAAAGCGGUCGCGUCUGAGCAGGCAGUUGAGAAUGCAAAGAAUCAGAAACCGACACAGACAAUCUCACAGGUUCCUUCUACAAUCACCAGGGCACCAACCAGCACUCUCACCAGUACCACAUCUUCCUCGUCGUCUUCGACCUCAUCUGCAUGCCCUAUCUGCAUUUCUUGCGCGGAUGACCAAUACCCAGAAAUCGGAUCUGAUGACAGUGAUACCGUUCCCGGUGAUGAUCCAGCCCCUCAAAAGAGACAGGCUGAUGAUGAAGAUAACUCCAAUAGGGGACGCACAAGAUUAGUAAAGCGCGCCAACUCCAAGAAGGAGAUUGAGGUAUGCUCAACCAAGUACCAAAGUGGACCAUAUCAGGCUGGCGGAGGUCAGAUGCCUUCUUAUGGAUAUGCAUAUACCGUGAACACGCAGUCAGUUUGCGUUUGGAAGUUUAACCAGCUUGUAUGGAACCCAACCCAAGUUGGUGGACCACCUGCCACAAAGGGAGGUUCAUACGAAACGGAACAUGUGUACGAAGCGCAGCUCGUUCGGCAGUUCGCCGAAUACAUUGCUACUUUGGAUACUGGUAAUAUUUGUCGCCAAGCCGGGCUGAUCAAGAACAUCUUUGCCCGGACAGAUAAGUUCCCUGGCCGAGGCACGAACCCGUUCGCUGCCAGGGGCGGAUCAGCUCUGGGUCAGAUGAUGCUCAACCUGCCUGACAACAACAGUGGCGGGGGCACCGAGCUUGUUGCUCUCGACAAAGAACUCAACAUUUUGAAAGCCGCAGUAUUCAAUGGAGCCACGGCCAAUUUUAACUCGCCCAACGUAGCACCCGGAAUACUGGCCAAGGUAACCCGCUUUGCGAUGCUCUACUCCUAUCUGGCCCGGCCUGAAGUGGUGGCCAUAUUCAAAGCUACGAGCCAGCGUAUGCGAGCUACGCUGCGACUUCUUGACCAAGAGAUCAACGCAAGCACAAUGACGAAUCCGGCGUUUUCCUUUGAAGAAAAAUACUCCGAUUGGGAAGACAAUUUCCUGUUUGGUCAGGGAUCCGUGGUGGAAAUUGAGAUGAUGAGAAUCAUCAACGCGGCUAUUCUCCACUUGCAGACGGCUCCAAACCUGGGGAGCCAACAGCUGCGUGACAACUAUGUUCAGCAAAUCAGAACACUUACGGCGACUGGAGCGGCUGCUGAUCCGUCGCGUUGGUUCGACCUGGACGACCUCUUACGUCCAUGA